AUGGCGGCCCCCGGGCUAUGGGGCACCGUGAAGCUGCUGGGGACCCUGCUCUUGGUGGCAUCCGCAGCAACCGCGGUGGCGGGUGACACGCGCGUGGUGGGGGGCAUGGACUGCGAGCCCCACUCGCAGCCCUGGCAGGUGGCCAUCUUGGACAUGUACAAGCUCUACUGCGGCGGCGUCCUGGUGGCCAGGCAGUGGGUGGUGACGGCGGCCCACUGCACCACGCCGGGGGUCACCACCAUCCGCCUGGGCAAGCACAACCUCUACACGCGGGAGUGGGGCGAGGUGCAGAAGAUGGUGCAGAAGUUGGUGUCCCACCCCGACUACAACCCCACCACCAAGGACAACGACAUCAUGAUGAUCAAGCUCCUGACGCCCGUCACCCUCACCAGCAGGAUCCAGCCCGUCCCCGUGGCCUCCUGCCUCCCAGAGCCAGGCACCACCUGCAUCACCUCGGGAUGGGGGGCCACCACCUCCCCAGAAGUCACUUACCCGGACGUCUUGCAGUGCGUCAACGUCACCAUCUUCUCGGCAGCCGAGUGCCAGCGGUUGUACCCUGGUUCCAUCACCGACAACAUGUUGUGCGCCGGGAGUCUCCAAGGCGGUAGGGACUCCUGCCAGGGUGACUCCGGAGGACCUCUGGUGUGCAACGGGACCCUCCAAGGUAUCGUGUCCUGGGGCAUGGAGAAAUGUGGGCAACCCAAGAGACCUGGUGUCUACACCAAGGUCUGUAGAUACGCCCAGUGGAUCCAGAAGACCAUGAAGGACAACUAG